UGGCAAGUCAAAUGUUGAUGUUUUUUUGGGUUUUUUUUUAAAACAAACAUCCUGUUUAGUUAAGAUUAAUGCAGCUAGAAUGAAUCUCCCAUCCUUAUAAAUACCAGCUGAAUUUCAUGGUCUUCAAAAGAAUUAACUUGAAAGCAAACGUUUACAAGCAUAUGUAAGUAUCAUUGCCUAAUUGUCUGAUGAUUGCCUAAUUGUCUGAUGAUUGCCUGAUUGUCUGAUCAUUGCCUAAUUGUCUGAUCAUUGCCUAAUUGUCUGAUGAUUGCCUAAUUGUUUGAUGAUUGCCUAAUUGUCUGAUGGUUGCCUAAUUGUCUGAUCAUUGCCUCAUUGUCUGAUGAUUUCCUAAUUGUCUGAUCAUUGCCUAGUUGUCUGAUCAUUGCCUAAUUGUCUGAUGAUUGCCUAAUUGUUUGAUGAUUGCCUAAUUGUCUGAUCAUUGCCUAAUUGUCUGAUGAUUGCGAAAUUGUCUGAUCAUUGCAUAAUUGUCUGAUCAUUGCCUAAUUGUCUGAUCAUUUCCUAAUUGUCUGAUGAUUGUCUAAUUGUUUGAUGAUUGCCUAAUUGUCUGAUCAUUGCCUAAUUGUCUGAUGAUUGCCAAAUUGUCUGAUCAUUUCCUAAUUGUCUGAUCAUUUCCUAAUUGUCUGAUCAUUUCCUAAUUGUCUGAUCAUUGCAUAAUUAUCUGAUGAUUUCCUAAUUGUCUGAUCAUUGCCUAAUGGUCUGAUCAUUGACUAAUUGUCUGAUCAUUGCCUAAUUGUCUGAUCAUUUCCUAAUUGUCUGAUCAUUGCAUAAUUAUCUGAUGAUUUCCUAAUUGUCUGAUCAUUGCCUAAUGGUCUGAUCAUUGCCUAAUUGUCUGAUGAUUGCCUAACUGUCUGAUCAUUGCCUAAUUGUCUGAUCAUUGCCUAAUUGUCUGAUCAUUGCCUAAUUUUCUGAUCAUUUCCUAAGUGUCUGAUUAUUGCCUAAUUGUCUGAUCAUUUCCUAAUUGUCUGAUCAUUGCCUAAUUGUCUGUUCAUUGCCUAAUGUCUGAUCAUUUCCUAAUUGUCUGAUCAUUGCCUAAUUGUCUUAUCAUUGCCUAAUUGUCUGAUCCACAAAAAUAAUGUUUCAUAGCAGGCCUAUGAACUAAAUUUAAUUUAGUUUUUUUUAUAUUUGUAAUCGUAUCUAUCCUGCUUAGUACAGUUUCAGUGUGUUCAAUAUUUAUUUAGUAUUUCCUAGGCACCAGUUAUUUGUAGAAAAAUUGUUUUUACCAUUUUUUGAAAUGUAAAUUAUUGCUUUUUCUGCUUUCAUUAAAGUAAGUUUUUUUGUUUUUUUUUAAUCAAAUAAAGGCAAAAGCAUAAGAAAUAAUGUGUUCGUCAUUUGUUUGGCGUUAUCCUACUAUAAUCAGUGCUUUUAAAACAAGUUUCAUAACUUUUCAUUUUCAAUAAUCGCGGUUCAAAUAUUAAACAUUAUUUCAAAUAUUUAAUAAUAAAUUACGUUAAUAUAAUUUUCCCUUUUGAUGAAAAAAUUGUCAAAGUGGGCUUAUUAGGUUUAUAAAAUAUAAUUCUUAAUUUAACUUUGCUUUUGACGAAUAUUUCCACCAAAAAGAGUAUAUGUACAUGCUUAUUAAUCUAUAUUUUUAAUCAUUUAUAUGAACUUCCAUUUUGUAUAUUUAGAGCAAAAUCUCCGGACGGCUACUUGACCCACUUUACAUCAACGUAAUGAGCUCGUAACAACACAUUCUAUCAUGUUUUCAGCCGCACCCCCAACCCUAACAAAUCAGUGUUUUCCUGUUUUUCAAUGGGGCAAUAAAGGAAAUAUGAUGCCACUAAAUUCAUAAAAUUCCCAAGACUUGCGCUAAAUGACAUUCUUUUAAAAAAAUAUUGCCAGUGCGUUUGGUGCCUAAUAUUUUCUUUUGUUUUUCCCCCGAAUAGUGGUGAAUGAAAUGUGCGGUGUAAAAGCGGGUGUGACAUUAGAAUAGUAGAUAAAAUGUUUAUUUUUUUUAAAUUUAAAAUAAAGUAUUUAUGCGAAAAACUUUGUCUCUAGGGGUUGUUUAAUUCUAUUUGAACACGCCAUGUCUCAUUAGCCAAAGAUGUUAAACAAUUGUAGUUAGCUAAAGUCGAGAGUUCACUUCACAGUAAUGUAAAUCGUGUACACAUGCGAAACAAUAUUGGUGUUCGCUUUGCCGUGAAUUAUUGCAUUCAGCGGCCAUUCUUUUGAAUAUGACGUUUAUUAUUUUGAAUGUGUGUGAGUGUUCACAUCAGCUUGUUUCAAUCUGUCAGCUUUAAAAAAAUGAUUUGUAAAUUACGAUGAAUUGAAUGUCUUCACAGAUUCGAAAUAUCUCAAGCACAAUGAAGACCUUCCAAGUAUCUCUCCUGGUUUCUGCGUGCAUUCUGGCAACAUUGUCCUUGCUGGCUGAUGGCCAGACGCUGGAACCAAAGAAAAAGUAAAUAAUUCGUAUGCCUUAUUUAAACAAUAAUCGUCUGGUCUGGUUAGUGGCGACAUGAAUAGAUGACUCUAAAGAAGAAAGAAAAGAUAUUGACUUGUUUGGGCCACCGACACCUGCUCCUGUGUCACAUUCCUAGCAUGGGCUACUAACACCUGCUCCUGUGUCACAUACCCUUUAUGGGCUACUAACACCUGUUCUUGUGUCACAUACCCUGCAUGGGCUACUAACACCUGUUCUUGUGUCACAUACCCUGCAUGGGCUACUAACACCUGCUCCUGUGUCACAUACUCAGCAUGGGCUUUUAACACCUUCUCGUGUGUCACAUAUCCUGUAUGGGCUACUAACACCUGCAAACAAUGCUAUCUCUCAGAACAAUACUAUGGCUGGUCUCUCCUUACAGAAGGGACCGGUGUGACUACGAACAGCCGACUUGUGGGAUAUGUGGUCGAAAGAUCAACGUCACGAUCAUCGCCACCAACAGCCUGCAGGGAGACAACUUUGAGCUGACGGUGCCCAUCAUCAGGGAGCACAAGAGGAACCUGCUGUCUUUCUUACAACAGGCUGCCGAGCUGGAAAAUGGUUUCAAGUAGGUCAUUAAUAAAUAUUCGCUUAAGAGUUGUUGUUUGUACAUUUUCUUUUUAAGUCUUUCAUACCACAGGGAUUAACAAACACAAGGUAAGGGAACGCUUUAAACAAAGACAACACAAAGGUUGAACGUGUCGGCAAAAAGCCUUCUUCGACGAACAAUAAAAAUGAAUUUAAUUUAUAGAGUGGCAGUAGGCUGCAAAGCCAUGAAGCGGGUUUAAGAAGGCCUUACAAUAUGUGGCUACCGAGAGUAGCACUAAACUUGCGCCCCUAUCAAGCUUGAGAAACGUAUUAUUACAUUAAUAAGAUUUAUAUGGUACAUAAGGACAGCAGAGCCAGCACAUUAGUGUGCAGCAAUUAAACCUAUUCUUUACAGGUAAACUAUACCAAAAAAAUAGCAUUCAAUUUCUUUGUCCGGUUCGCCAUUUUUGCGCCCCCGCCCAUAUUUAAAUGACACCUACGGCACGCGCCAAAUCUUGCAACCCCCCCCCCCUCCCCACCCAUUCGGUACGCCUUUUCUCCAAAAGUCCUAUUUUUCAGCUACUUGAAAAAUGUUUGCUUCUGAACUGACGUAAAGGCUUUUGUUUUUGUUUUUUUGGUUUUUUUUGUUUGUUUUUUCAAUAGUAAAUGUCAAACCUGACACGGGAGAGGGGUUGCGAAGGGGGCUGUCAUUUCCGGAAAAUUACAGUGAGUUUUCAUGGAUGAGGCGGCAAACAUCUUGACCCACCCAGGGCGGCACCCACCACGCCACUGAAUGUCAUCUUUUCAUAAGUUUGACUCCCCAAGUCUGAAGUUUCAAACAUAAUUUUGACCUUUAUCAAAUUUCACCUUCUUGCUCAUGGCUAUGAACUUUGAUAUCUGACCUCUGACCAUAAUCUCCAGGUUUCAGGCCACCUACUUCGCGAAUCUAGGCUACUACAUCGACAGCAUCAACGGCGUGAGGGCGUCACCGGAGAACAAGACUUAUUGGCAAAUCAGCAGCGAUGGGGUCAGCCUUCAAUGCGGUGAGUGUGGAUCACUUUUGACUAAGACAAUAAUUAGUUUGAUAUAAAAUCAAACCUGUACGACUACUGUACGAUGAAAGUGAGGUGUUAGCCCAUAAUCUAACUACAGAAGUUUGGAGAUCAGCUCCGGUGUGAAUGUUCUGUCUCUGUUUACCACCAAAUAUUUGUAUCACGCUUCUGUCCCAUGAUGCCGUGCACGUAAAGAUUGUUGAAGUAUUAAGGCUUUUAUCUCUGCAAAUUUCAGCGUGUUUUUUAAACUCAAAGAGGAUCUAAAAGACUUAAAGUAGCAUAGAUUAUGUGAGGGUUCUAAUCUAGUAGACUUAAAGUAGCAUAGAUUAUGUGAGGGUUCUAAUCUAGUAGACUAAAAGUAGCAUAGAAUAUGUGAGGGUUCUAAUCUAGUAGACUAAAAGUAGCAUAGAAUAUGUGAGGGUUCUAAUCUAGUAGACUUAAAGUAGCAUAGAAUAUGAGUGUUCUAACAUAAGUUAAAGAAGCCUGUACAGCUAUCUGCAGGCAGGAAUUCAAUAGAAGUAUCAGUCAGCAGUGUAACGUAAGGGUGGGUUGCAGUCAGUACUUUAACGUAAUGGUGGGUUGCAGUCAGUACUUUAACGUAAUGGUGGGUUGCAGUCAGUACUUUUACGUAAUGGCGAGUUGCAGACAGAACUGUGACGACAUUGUUGGUUGAAGUCAGAUCUGUGACGUCAUAGUGGGUUGCAGUCAGAUCUGUAACGUCAUAGUGGGUUGCAGUCAGUACUGUGAAGUAAUGAUGAGUUGUAGUGUACAAUUUUUUUAUUGCUACUCUUGACAUUUAAUUUACCACAAGUUUUUUUGUUUAACCUGCUACUUACAAAGAUUUUGUUAGCUCCACUCUGCUACUAACAAAGAUUUUGUUAGCUCCACUCUGCUACUAACAAAGAUUUUGUUAGCUCCAGCUCUGCUACAAAAAAGAUUUUGUUAGCUCCACUCUGCUACUAACAAAGAUUUUGUUAGCUCCAGCUCUGCUACAAACAAAGAUUUUGUUAGCUCCAGCUCCACUACUAACAAAGAUUUUGUUAGCUCCAGCUCUUCUGCCAACAAAGAUUUUUUAGCGCCAGCUCUGCUACAAACAAAGAUUUUUUUAGCUCUAGCUCUGCUACUAAAAAAGAUUUUGUUAGCUCCAGCUCUGCUACUAACAACGAUUUUGUUAGCUCCAGCUCUACUACAAACAAAGAUUUUGUUAGCUCCAGCUAAGCUACUAACAAAGAUUUUGUUAGCUCCAGCUCUUCUGCUAACAAAGAUUUUUUUUAGCGCCAGCUCUGCUAUAAAGAUUUUGUUAGCUCCAGCUCUGCUACUAACAAAUAUUUUGUUAGCUCCAGCUCUUCUGCCAACAAAGAUAUUUUAGCGCCAGCUCUGCUACAAACAAAGAUUUUUUUAGCUCCAGCUCUGCUACUAACAACGAUUUUGUUAGCUCCAGCUCUACUUUUAACAAACAUUUUGUUAGCUCCAGCUCUGCUUUUAACAAACAUUUUGUUAGCUCCAGCUCCGCUACUAAAAAAGAUUUUGUUUUCGCAUGGAGGUGGAAAACAAUGGAUCGCUCCGAAUGGAAGGAUGUGAUGGACCAGGCCAGGGCCCUACAUGGGCUGUAGUGCUACUGAUGAUGAUGAUGAUAUAAAUAUUUAUAAACAUGUUUUAUUGAUGUAACUGACCCACCCUUUUAACUGGGAAUUAACAUACAUGUACCUAAAGCAUAGCUGGUAGAAAAGUGGGGCAAUAUAGCUGUUAGAAGGGUGGGGCAAUAUAGCUCGUACACGGGUGAGGCAACACAGCCGAACGAAAAGUGGCGGAAAUUUAGCUGUAGAAGCAUGGGGCAACAUAGCUUGUAGAACAAUGAGGCAAGACAAGUGUUAGAAAAGUGGGUCGUCUAUUUUUAAAAUUAAUAAAAAUAUGAAAAAAAACAAAAACUAUAACAACAAAAAUAUAUAUAUUUUAAAAAUUAAUAUAUAAACAUUUGUUUAGCUCGGAGAAGUAAAAUUUUUUACCAACUCUUCUCAAGUUCAUGGCACAAAGACCCUGCUCCAGAGCUCAGAGCUCCAGCUUCAAUAUCCGCUCCAAAUCCUUGUUAUAAAUACGUGUACUGUCAUACAGUGCCCGAAAUGCAGUGAUCCCUGUUAGUCAUGGUUAGACUUGCAUACAGUGCCCGAAAUGCAGUGAUCCCUGUUAGUCAUGGUUAGACUUGCAGACAGUGCCCGAAAGUCAGUGAUCCCUGUUAGUCAUGGUUAGACUUGCAUACAGUGCCCGAAAGGCAGUGAUCCCUGUUAGGCAUGGUUAGACUUGCAGACAGUGCCCGAAAGGCAGUGAUCCCUGUUAUUCAUGGUUAGACAUGCAUACAGUGCCCGAAAUGCAGUGAUCCCUGUUAUUCAUGGUUAGACUUGCAUACAGUGCCCGAAAUGCAGUGAUCCCUGUUAUUCAUGGUUAGACUUGCAUACAGUGCCCGAAAGGCAGUGAUCCCUGUUAGUCAUGGUUAGACAUGCAUACAGUGCCCGAAAGGCUGUUAUCCCUGUUAUUCAUGGUUAGACAUGCAUACAGUGCCCGAAAAGCAGUGAUCCCUGUUAUUCAUGGCUAGACAUGCAGACAGUGCCCGAAAGGCAGUGAUCCCUGUUAGUCAUGGUUAGACAUGCAGACAGUGCCGAAAGGCAGUGAUCCCUGUUAGUCAUGGUUAGACUUGCAUACAGUGCACGAAAGGCAGUGAUCCCUGUUAGUCAUGGUUAGACUUGCAUACAGUGUCCGAAAUGCAGUGUUUCCAAUCCUAAUUAUAACUCUGAACUAACAUGGCAAUAUUUUAAAAUGUAGCGUUUAAGGGAAAUGCCAAUUUACAUGUUUGAAUAUAUAGUGAAAGCUUUUAUAAAAAUUUUUUGUCUAAAAUUCAUUCGUCACAGUCUCUAUAUGACUCUGUGACACAACGCCGUAGAUAUGUAUAGCAUUAUCGUUAGAUUAAAACUGAAUAAAUUGUUGAAUAUAUUCUAGACAUCAGCAAUUGUAUAUAUGCCCUUAUGCAGGAGUGUGGAACCUUUUUACUUCCAAGGGCCGUUCGGAUGUUUAGAGUGUCAUACGCGGGCCAUAAAAAAAUAUGUGCCGGUGUCCCCCCCAAAUAUACAACUUUCAGCCGUUACAUAAAGAUCAUGAUCUGAAAAAAUUGUGAUACAAAUUAAUAUAAUUAAAUAUUAUUUCACCAUCAAAUAUUUCUUGGGAUUUUAAACUAUUUUAAGAUUAAAAUUAUUAAUAUAAAAAUGUAUAAAAUAAUAGGUUCUGUUAGCUGUAAAUACAUAUAAAUUGUCUGCGCAAUUUCAAGUUUUCAGUAACGUACUUAAUGCUUUUUCAAAAUAAGUUACUUAACAGAUAUAAAUAGUGUCUUUUCCGUCGCUGAAUACAAACAUUUUGGGUACUAUGUCCAAAAGUCUUUUGUGUAAUAUGUUUUUUUAAUGUUUAAGAACCAAACAGCGCGAAAAUUUUGAGUAUUUCCUCAAACAUUGCAAUUUCAAGAUUUAAUUUGUUGCUUAAAUGAUUUUCUUGGAUGUUGACAAAUCCUGACUGGACGUUCCCCAACCUUGGUCUUAUGGCACGGAGUUAGCGAUUGUCUGAGAUCUGUAAAUAACAUACUAUUUGAAAAAUAAGCUCUAUUACACAUCUGUCAUACGUAACUAUGUUUUCUAUUCAAAUCUAACUAUAGUGUUCUCAGGGGUGUGAUAAGUGACUGCGUUAUAUAUUCUAUUAUAACCAUAUAGUUCACAAAUGUGUCUUAUUGCUCACAGUGAUGACGUAUUAUUGACAAGUGUGUCUUAUCGUUCACAGGUGUGUCCUCUUACGUCCCCAAGAACGAGGAUGUGAUCCUGUUUAACUUUACGACCUACCAGAAUGCUGGCUACUGAAUCUAAUGCAUGAGUUAUUGAUGAGGACAUUUUGUGUGUGUGUGCAUUGAAGGACGGGCGAAUUGCUGACACGAAGCAGAGGUCAACAUUCAAUUAUCUGAUGCCCAGAAUUGUGCGAGAGAGUGGAGACAAGGAAAUUAAUCAUCAUCAUAAUUUAUUGAAGAGCCAUUUUUAUCCAAGAUUAUACAGUUGUUGUUUAAAGUGAAAGAAGUGGAAAUUUUAAAUCUCAAAUGACAAUAGAACAAAUGAUGUUCUAUAUCUAGAUGGGAAGGAAGUGUAAGGCAACUAAAACUAUAAACAACAAACUACAAACAACAAACUAAAAACUACAAUUUAAAAAAAAUCGCGAACAAGUUUAUUCGUGGCGAAGAAUAAAAGGAGAAUGACAAUUGACUAGAAAUAAUCUCGCUAUCUCCUGCCUGAAGUUGCAGGUAUUUAGAAAACGCCCUGGAGGAUUGGCACUGUUACUGAUUGCUUUAAUUGUAUGAACUGUUAUUUUUUCCUAUGUAAUGUAAUACUCAGGAAAUUAAACAUAUAAAAUAUGUACAACAUUUACACACCUUUUUAGCGUUAUACAUUUUAUUACUAAACAAUUCCAUAGAAAUAUAAUUUUUCAAAGAAUGAAAAAAUUAGAACGGUAUAUUUCUCAUGUGUUAAAUGUAUGUCAAUGUGAUUAAUUCAUAUUACACAAAAUUACGAUGAUUUUUUUUUUAAGUACUUCGUAACGUCAAUGUAGAGAUGGGACUCAAACCAUAUUUUAGCAUUUCGGGUUUGGCUCGGUUUGUUAACAACUUAAGUUUGGG